UUUCCUUCUUUGCACGUUUACAACGUUUGUCUUAAAGUUUUAUUUGUUUAUUCACAACACACAUUGUUUGUUAAUAAUGAAAACACGUAUUGCUUUAUCUAAACUCGUAAUAAAACUAAAGUCGAACAGUUUUGUGCGUUAACUUAACUGAAUCCAGUUGAAUAAACAUCACUUGAGAAGUUCCUCUAGCAGGUUUCUCUUGAGUUGAUCAGUGUGGUGUUUUUGAAUCGUCACAAGUGAGAGAGUGAAACUUUGAGUGUUGUUUUAACACGAUGUGAUGGUAACAUCCGAGUGAUGUUUGCCGUCUCGAGCUGUUUUCCACCGGCAAACACUAGUUGCACGUUCACGUGGACCGAUGGAGCCAAGUGGGCAGGGCACGAGCUUGUCUGUCACUUCUGACCAAUCAGCGGGGGUCUGUGUUUCCCGCCACCGUCUUGAACGUUUUCUCGUAGUACUGGAACGGAACGUUUCCUUCCUUCGGGCUCACUAAGAAACGUAGUGACGUCAUGACCUCAUGUUAUCGUCUCAAAAAGAGAUUUCUAGCAAGUUGACAAAAGUUGUACAACAUUCAGAAAGCACGUUUGUAAAACUAUGUGCCCGAGUAAUAUAAUAAUAAAAGAACAUUAGUACUUUUUUUGUUUAUGGUACAUAUAAAAUGUGUUUUAAUACAUUCCGAUAUACUUUUAUAUUUAGCAACAGAUACGUUUGUUGGUUACUAAAUAUUGAUCUAUUUUUAUUUUUGGUUUACAGAAAGAUUACGUGCGUGUCAGACGCUGGUUGCGUGUCUGUUAGUUCUUGUUUUCUGGAGGUUGUGUUGUAAGAAUGUCACUCAGAUGUAGAAAUAUGAUGUAUAUUUGUACUGUGGUUGUAGUUUGGUGUGUCUCAGGUUGACUGAUGUUCUGCUGCGGACUACGAGUCACAUGACACAAGUAUUGCGUUUGUCCUGUACAGACAUUUAUAACAAGAACAUUAAAAAAGUUAGUUUUAAAAUGUUUGUCAAUGUUUCUCUUUUUAACGAAAUAGUGUUUAUCCGGAGUUAAGAAAAUGAAAUAUUUCUUUAUCACCUUUCAUAAUAAAAGCACGUAAAGAUAUACAUUAUUAUUGUUUUUAUUUGUUAUUUAUACAUUUAUUUUAUGACAUUACUGGCUGUGCUUUGAUUGAGCAAGAUUUUGGUCUCUUGGAUCAGAAAUAUGAAAAUAUGUUUCUGCCCACAAAUAUAAUUUUAGAAGACAAGAGGGUAAAAAAGUGAAACACUCAUUAUGAGAUAAAACGGAGAAAAUGUUUUGUAGUGGGAGUAUAGCGUGCAGUGCACGAGACGGCCCUCUGCUGGUCAUGUGUGUGAGGUGUUGGAGUGGAACAUGCCCUCACAUGUUACUGUAGAUGUGUCCAGACACGCAUCACAUCAUCAUGAGUCACGUCAGCCUUUAAAAGCAGCACACAGACACACAGACACUAGACACGACUGCACAGAAGAGAAGAGAAGACAGAUAUGCAGAUUCAGAGCUGUUGAUUGGUCCAUAUUUCGCUUCAUCGCUACACGUUUUGCUGCCUUGAAUUUUGUAAGGUCAUGGCAGAUCACAAACGGAUCCUUCGAACUGUUGGAGACGGGCCGACGAAGAGGAAUCUGUUCGGUCCGGUGGAUCGCGAGCAGCUUCAGGUGGAGUACAACGACGCACUGCAGAAAGACUUGGAAGAAGCGUCGCGCCGCUGGAACUUCGAUUUCGUCUCAGAAAAGCCUUUAGAGGGCGGAGAUUUCCAGUGGGAGGGCGUGUCUACUGUUCGAGUACCUGUGCUGUACCGCACGUGUCAGACGGAGGAGCUGAGACAGCGGGAAGAAGAAUCAGAGAAAGAGAACAUCCCCAGAACACCAGAGCACUUCACAUCUGUUCCACAACAGCACAUGGAAAAAACGCCAGAAAAGAAUGAAGCACAGAAAAGAAAACAGACAAAUAUCACAGAUUUCUAUCAGUCGAAGAAGAGGCUGGUGGCCACACCCCGCAAAUCAGGCCAAUAACUGUAAAACACAAAUACACUCGUCUGGACUCGUACCUUCAUGUGUGGGGCACAGAUGUGUGUAGAGACACUUUUAUUCAUAUCAACUCUAUAGAUUCUUCUGUCGUGGUGUCGCGGAUCAAACGCUCUCCUCAAACACACAGCACUACACAUCUUGGGCUUGUCUUCAAUCAUGUGUGUUCUUCAUGUGCACUUCAUGUCUCUGUGUUUUUGAUUUUGUGGACGGUUAACACUUAAAAGACCUUUAAGAAAUGCCUUAAUAUUUUACAGGAUGAGGCGGACAAGUUUUUGUUUCUAAAUGUUCAUGAAUCUUUUCAGUGUCAAACCACGGUUUUGACUCAAGUGUGUAUCUGACAGUAAUGAACGCUGAUUUAUUUCAGUUUAGAAAGAAAUCUAUUGCUUUAUUGCACAAAAGAUGUAGCUAAUUAAAAAAACGUGACGUUAGUUAUUUAUGAAUCUAACCCUGAUUAUUUAUAUUAUUAUUUUUAAACAUAAACCUUGAUCAAGAUGCCAGCAUGUUCUCAUAAUCUCGUUAUGUUUUGACAAUGAAAAAGUUAUGUAUUUACAAACACUUGAGUCACAUUCGUGAAACUCAAGCGGAACGAAUUUCUGGGUUUAUAUUUGAUUGCUUUUUGUUCAAAGCAAUGUUUGGUUUUCUAAACACAACGCAUAAAUCCGUUCUGCUUGUAUUUCAUUAAUUUGGCCAAAUUACGACUACAGCGCAUUUACAAACACUCAAUUUUUCCUCUUUGUUGUUUGUCAUGGAAUACAAAGAUUGUGUGUUUUACGUCCAUCCAUGACGUUUGAAUCCAGUUAAUGUUAUUAACAAUGUAAUGGUGGUAUUACAGUGGCUCUUGUUUUAUUUCAUGUGUUUCUUGUAUUCUGAUGUCUGUAAAAUCUGCAAAUAUGCGGGUAAAUUGCAGAUUGUACUGAAUUUCACUCUUUUAUAUGAGUAGUGUAGCUUGCACAAGUCCGUUAUUGUUAAAGAGCUCAGAAUAUUUGCGGUAUUUAUUUCCAGAGAAGUGUCGUAUUGUAGAUUUACAUGUAAUUGUUCAUAA